AUGUGCGAGGCGGACUCCAUCACGGUAGACCCUCACAAGAGUGGCUACGUGCCGUAUCCGGCAGGCGGUCUAUGUUACAAGGACGAGCGUUCGAAGUUCCUGAUCACUUGGACGGGUCCGUAUAUCGACGGCGGCGCAGGCGAUGUUGAGUCGAUGGGCGUCUAUGGACUAGAGGGCAGCAAGCCGGGUGCAGCGCCUGUGGCGGUGUACAUCUCGAAUGAGGUGAUCGGCUUGCAUAGAGGAGGAUAUGGCGCCUUGCUCGGCGAGGCAAUGUUCACGUCGGUCAAGAUGUACAGCCAGUGGGCGACGAUGUCCCUCGACUCGGAUGUGCUCGUCGUCACACCGUUUAUUAUGCUUCCGGCGGAGCGAGAGGGGAAGUCUGAGGGAGAGAUCGACGAGCAGCGACGCUAUAUCAAGGAAUUCAUCACAGAUAGGCCGAACAACGAACUCGUGAAGGAUGAGAAGGCAAUGGCGCUGGUGAAGCAAAUGGGCUCGGACAUGUCGAUAAAUGCGUUCGCGUGCAACUUCAGGGUGUCCAGGGAUGGUCCACUCAACACAGACGUCGCGGAAGCGAGCUAUCUCAAUGCGCGCAUUAUCGAGCGGUUAUCGGUGUCCCGGGUGGACGACGACGCGCGGAAGAAGCCGAUGAUGCUCAUGGGCACGGAGCUGGAGAAGGAGAGAUACGGGGAGUGUCUAAAGGCCUUCAAAAAGCGAUUGGGCCUGGAUGAGAAUGAUGAGGCGCCGUUGGCCGGGCUAUGCAACGUCUCGAUGACGCCGUUCCCUACGGCGGGGAAUUUCGUUCGCGAGUUGGCGGAUGCGUUUCGGAAGGUGGCUGAAGAGGAAGUUCAGAACUGCUGGAGAUGCAUACAAGCGUCCGCUGCUGUUCACAGCUUCAUAAUGCAGGGCACAGAUAAGAUCUACUUGACGUAUCUGCCAAUGUUCAAUGUCGGCAACUACCGUCAACAGUUGAUUGUCUCCGCGGAGCUGCCUAGGCACGCUGCGCUAGCAUAUAUGCAAGCGCAGAAAGCCUCUCCAGAAGCCAUCUUUACUGUGCAUACCUCAAACAAGGCCCUCCUCGCGAGUAUUUUGCAUGAACGCAGGUGCACUGUUGAUAUUCACCAAGGAUUGCCGAUUAUUCAUGGCAUUAACGCAGAGAAGAAUGGUCUUUCCUUGACCAAUGUCGAACUGAAUAACAUCACCGUCAUAAAGCACACCUCACUUGCGCCAAGGCAUCUUGGUCAGAAAUAUCCGCCGCUCAUGCCGUUCUUCCUGUACGGCAACGACAAGCAGCAGCAUAUCGAUCAUGUUCUGUUGAAGAACCCGAAUGCGCAACUGAGCGCACCGUCCGUGGUACUGCAGGUGGAUCCCAUGUCCAUAAAUGCAGAGUUGCGCGAAGGGGACAUCGUAAUUCUUAAUGACAUACGGGAGGUUGCAACGCAGCCGUACGGGCGAUCGCACCACCCAGAUUUCUUCGCCCCUGGCCGUACAUUCGACAUCUCGAUAUAUACCGAUCCAUUCCGCGAUCAGCAUGGGAUAGAACCCCUCCACAUUCACACACUGUUCGACAAGCUCGAUCUUGAUCAACCGAAAGCAAGAGGCAAGCUGACGCUCGGAAAUAGCGUGUAUGUCGAUGACAUGCACCUCAACCGUGAUACCGUGCCGGAACUGUGCAUCACGCCCAAGGAGCAACUCACGCGCGACCAGCUUCUCCUUUCUGUGACGGAGGAUUACCAGACGAUCACCGAGGACAUCACGCGUGUCUCGUCGCACAGCAAUGCGCUGGCAGCGCCGGACAUAGAGCAGCACUUCCUGCAGAUGUCGUAUCUCCCGGAGAAGUAUGCUUUGCAGCGUACUUCCUCCCUGGUGGAGGCUGCUGAGGCAGUGCAUGUGAGUAGGUUCGCGAUGAGACAGCCGAGCGAUGGGUAUAGUCGCGUUAUGGCUAUGCGCCAGGGAUGGAAGGACGCGUUUAACAAGGCAUUGGUGGAGCAUGAGGUCCGUAGUGCGAAUGUUUAG